AUGAAGAGAAAUGUGAUCAGCACUCAGCACUCAUAUAUGAACAUCCCCAAGGUGGUUCCACAAAAUACUGAAAAGCAAAUAAGAAGGAUAGAAAAUGGAGGUUUCAGUUCGCUCUCGGACGAUGAUGAUGACAGUGCCUCUGUGACGAAACAUGGAAACCACCAAGGAGGCGAUUCCUUCAGAACUAACUCCCAUGCAAAGGAAGGAGCAUCCUCACAGAGGAGUCAAUACUUGCCAGGUGCCAUUGCACUCUUUAAUGUUAACAACUGCAGCAAUAAAGACCAAGAGGUGAAAGAGGAAAAGAAGAAAAAAAAAGAAAAGAAAGGCAAAUCCAGUGAUAAAAAGGAAAAGAAAAAGGAUACAGAAAAGAAAAAGAAUAAGGAGAAAGAAAAAGAGAAAAAGGAGAAAGAGAAAGAGAAGAAAGAGGACCAAAGUAAAGAUAAGAAAGCAGAUGAGAAAAAAGAAAUUUUGGUUAUUGAUCCAGCGGGGAGUACAUAUUACAACUGGCUGUUUUGUAUCGCUUUGCCUGUGAUGUACAACUGGACCAUGAUCAUUGCAAGAGCAUGUUUUGAGGAACUUCAGACUACUUACUUAGAAUAUUGGAUUAUUUUGGAUUACUUAUCAGAUGCAAUCUAUCUUCUUGACAUGUUUGUACGAACAAGAACAGGUUACCUGGAACAAGGAUUGUUAGUGAAAGACAAACUUAAACUCAUAGAGAAAUAUAAAUCACAUUUGCAAUUUAAACUUGAUGUUCUCUCAGUGGUACCAACUGAUCUGCUGCUUUUACAGUUGGGAUGGAACUAUCCAGAGGUCAGAUUAAACAGAUUACUCAGGGUAUCACGAAUGUUUGAAUUCUUCCAACGGACUGAAACGAGGACAAACUAUCCAAACAUCUUUAGGAUUUCUAACCUUGUCAUGUAUAUUGUGAUUAUCAUUCACUGGAAUGCAUGCAUAUACUAUUCCAUCUCUAAAGUCAUUGGAUUUGGGAAUGAUACAUGGGUCUAUCCUGAUACUAAUGACCCUGAAUUUGGUCGUCUGGCUAGAAAGUAUGUUUAUAGCCUCUACUGGUCAACACUGACCUUAACCACCAUUGGUGAAACUCCACCUCCUGUUUUGGACUCUGAGUAUGUCUUCGUGGUGAUUGACUUCUUGAUUGGAGUUUUAAUUUUUGCUACUAUCGUUGGUAAUAUCGGCUCCAUGAUUUCUAAUAUGAAUGCAGCCAGAGCAGAAUUUCAAGCAAGAAUUGAUGCAGUAAAACAAUAUAUGCAUUUUCGAAAUGUAAGCAAAGAUAUGGAAAGGAGGGUUAUCAAGUGGUUUGACUACCUAUGGACAAACAAAAAAACAGUAGAUGAAAAGGAAGUUUUGAAAUAUUUACCAGACAAACUAAGGGCAGAGAUUGCUAUCAGUGUUCACUUGGACACAUUAAAGAAGGUACGCAUUUUUGCUGACUGUGAAGCUGGACUAUUGGUGGAACUGGUCUUGAAGUUACAGCCUCAAGUUUACAGUCCUGGGGAUUACAUUUGCAAAAAAGGCGAUAUUGGACGGGAGAUGUACAUUAUCAAAGAGGGGAAAUUAGCUGUAGUAGCUGAUGAUGGGAUCACACAGUUUGUGGUCUUGAGUGAUGGUAGUUACUUUGGGGAGAUCAGCAUCCUUAACAUUAAAGGUAGCAAAGCCGGUAACCGAAGAACAGCCAAUAUUAGAAGUAUUGGCUAUUCAGAUCUUUUCUGUCUAUCAAAAGAUGAUCUCAUGGAAGCUCUAACUGAAUAUCCAGAUGCUAAAUGCAUGCUAGAAGAAAAAGGCAAACAAAUCUUGAUGAAGGAUGGACUAUUGGACCUAAAUAUUGCAAAUUUAGGAAGUGAUCCUAAGGACUUAGAAGAGAAGGUCACACAAAUGGAAGGAUCAGUAGACCUCUUACAGACAAGAUUUGCCAGGAUUCUUGCCGAGUAUGAGUCAAUGCAGAAAAAGUUGAAGCAAAGGCUAACUAAAGUUGAGAAAUUCUUGAAACCAUUAAUUGAAACUGAGUUUUCAGAUAUCGAAGGAGUAGAAACAGAGAGAGAACCCACAGAGUCAACACAGGAAUGAAAUGAUGUGAAAUGACAGGGACUAUCCACUGGACUUUGUGAGAUGCUUGGAUGGUAAGGAUCCAAGGCAAAUGUGAAAUAUCUGUUCAGCAGUUCUACAAAGUUAUCUUUUUAUCCUAGGAAGAUAUUUAUGAAUGUUUAUGAAACAAUGGGGAAAAUGACUUGGAUUCAAUAAAGAAGUUGAUAAAUGCUACACUAUUCAUCACCGAAAGGGAAAUAAAAUUGUGGAGUAUUCCGAAUAUAGAGUCACUGUGUCAUGUUUUCUUACUGGAUACCUUGUAAACAUACAAGCUAAUGAAUUUGACAGUACACAUCAUAUCUUACAAUUACUUCUAUAAAUCAUCUUCUACACGGAUAUAGUAAACUUUUUCUUAUCUGGCAUCACUGGGUAAAGCACUAUUUGGAGUAAUUAAAUAUCCUGGCAAUUGAGAAUUACCAUCAUGGAUUACAAGUUUUACAAAGGAGUUAGAAUAUCAUAAAAUGCACUUAAUACUAAAACAAUAAUGAGAAUGAUUUAAUCUUUCUUCAUGAUUCAGAAGGCAUUUCAGGAUCCUACAGUGUCUCGGGGCCAUUGUAAUAAAUAUCAAUUACAUAUUGGAGAAUAUAUUGGAGAAUAUAGAAGUGUUGGUUAGUAGAAAUUUCUGACUGAUAGAAUAUCUAAUGAAUAGUAAAUUGUUUUGUAACUCUCUAGUGUACCUAACAUAUUGUAUACGAUAGUCAUCUGUGUUUGUAUCUUAUUCCCUUACUAGACUGUAAGCUCCAUGAGGGCAGUCUACAUUUUGUAUCUGUGUGCUAUGCACGUAAUAGUUGCUUAAUAAAUGUGUUUAUUUGAAUAGAUCAGCUUUUUUGCAUGUGUUUUUAUCUUUGAGAUUCAUAAAAUCUUGUCUAAAACAUGUACAGUACAUCAGGAUUUUUUUUUCAAUUCAGCAAAAAUUCCUCAUAGGA